AAUCAUUGAUUUAUGAAAACCUUAAAAUCAUAUAUCAAUAUUGAAAUUUAUGCUUGUUUUGCAAGAUGAGUCUUAACGCAAAACCAGGAUAUAUUUGCUUUCAAUUUGAUUAAAUUGUAUAAAACAUUAAUUUGUCAUUUUGUAGAGUUGUGGUAGAUACGCCAAAAUCCCAAAUAGUACGAUAGCUAUGAAAAUGGACGGAGGUCAAAUGCAAUAUUGUUACGAGUGCUGCUCAUUGGACAACUGUAACAAAAACUUAUGCAAACAUUCCAGCCCGGCAUCUUGUGCUGAUGAUGAAAAUGUUGAUUGUGCCCGAUGGAACUCUAUUUUCAGUAUAUGCGAGGAUAUCAAUAAAGCAAAGCUUAUUUGUCCAAAAUAUUGCAACCUUUGCCAUGUAGUUGACGGAAACUGGUCUCCCUGGUCUUCAUGGUCACAGUGUGAUGUCACGUGUGAAAAUGGAACAAAGUCUCGUGUUCGGUUUUGUAAUAAUCCCCCACCGCAAUACGGUGGCCUUGAUUGUCCAGGAGAAGGCACUGAUCUGAAAACAUGCCAACGGCAUUUAUGUCCUGUGCAUGGCGGAUGGAGCGACUGGGGACCCUGGGGGACCUGUCCAACAACUUGCGGCAUAGGUAUGCAGAGCCGGGCCAGAUCAUGUACCAACCCUGUUCCAGAUCGUUUCGGGGACCACUGCUUUGGACACAGUUUUGAGAAUGCGUUGUGUAACUCAGGCCCUUGUGCAAUACAAGGUGGCUGGAGUGACUGGGAAGAAUGGGGCAAAUGCUCAAUAACUUUUGGUAUAGGAAUACAGAGUCGAGCAAGAUCGUGUAAUAAUCCUGCACCAAAGAGUUACGGCAACACAUGUUCUGGACGAGAUUUAGAUGUCAAAUUGUGUUUUCCAGCCACAGAUUGCUAUGAUGUACUUAAGAAGCAGAAUGCAACAAAGAGUGGAGUUUACAAUGUAACUUUGUGGCGGUCGAAACAAAAGACACAAGUAUACUGUGACAUGGAAACUGACAAUGGCGGAUGGACUGUUUUCCAAUACCGUUUCAAUGGUUCAGUUAACUUCUACAGAAACUCUGCUGAAUAUGAGAGAGGGUUUGGUGAUUUAGGGACAGAAUUUUGGUUGGGUCUUAAUUUUGUCCAGGAAAUGGCAGCUCAAGGUAAAACUGAGUUAAGGUUGGACCUUACGGCAGCUGACGGCACAACUGUUUUCGAAAACUUCCAGAACUUUUACCUCGGAUCGAGUCCCUACUUUAUUUUAUACAUUGACCGUGGGACUGGGACAGCUGGUGAUGAUAAAUAUGGUUUAUCAUAUCACAAUGGUUGUGCAUUUUCCACUUACGAUAUUGACCGUGAUCGGCAUUCUAUGAACUGCGCAGUCCAUGGUCAUGGUGCUUGGUGGUACAAUGACUGCUACUAUGCCAAUCUGAAUGGGAGAUAUGCAACACCCGGAUCACGAGAUCCAAAGGGUAUAAUCUACCACCAAUUUAAAGACUGUUACUCACUGAAAACCUCUAAAAUGAUGUUUCGGCGAGUCUGACGUCAUUAUUUUACUUAUAUUUCAUCGGAUGUUGUAAAAGUAAUAGUGAACAGUUGUGCUAACGUAAGACGUCUGUUGUGUUUUUAUGUUUUGAUAUUAUCAGGAAAAUAUCAUAUCAAGGUGUCAAAUGAAUGUACACUAUUACACAGGUAGAGCAGAACUUGCUUAAUCUUCGGAUAGCAGAUGCACUUUUUCCAUGAGUGGAUAUGCUUUAGCGUUAUUGGUAAGUGUUUGAAUAAUGGAAUCAUUUAAACACAACAGAUAACAACAAACAAAACAUAUGUAAAGGGUUUAUUCAAUAAAGGAAAUAAUCAGCUUUAAGUCCAGAUAUGCACCUUUUACUAACAAUGUAUUAUAACAUGUCAAUUUAUGGAAGGUAGUUUAACCCAUGCUCAAAAUGUAACAUGGUAACCAAACCUUUUUGCACACUGACCUAUUUAGGUCUCGUAACAUGCUGGAAAUUGUCAUACUAGAUAUUUCUAAAAAAAACAGUUCUUUUUGUGUAUAACACAUUACCUGACGGUAGUUCUUAAAAACAUUAUUAUUUUACAUUUUGUAAUUUCUAAAAACUGAAGCUAAAGUAAAUCUAUAUUUUGAGCUGAUUUUUGAUGUUUGACUUCAUCAUUCCUACUGUUUCUAUGCUGUCGUUGUUCUGUUACAUUUCGUAUAAUUUAUUACAGUAAAUAUUGAUGUUAGUUAAAGACGCUCGGAAUAAAUUUGUUUUUGUACCGAUGUUUGAAAAAUCAAUGUAACAAACAGUCAGUUAAACCGAACACUAUAAUGGAUUAUUGUACAGUGCACAUUGUAUGUCAUUACAUCCUUAUACAAAUCGCCGUUCCAUAGUUUGUAAAUGUAUGCAUGCACGUGCCAUUGACCGGUCUACAGUUAAACACUAAAUUGUGCUGGGCUAAGUCAUAAUUUAAGGACAAAUAUGAUAUACACAAACGAAUUUCAUUGGAUUUUAUUGACUACAAUCAAGUUUUCAUAUAAGUUAGAAAAUACCUCUGCAGGAGUCAGUAUAUAAACCAACCUAAUGAUUAUAAUAACAUGCAAAUACAUUAACAAGUCUACUGAACAGAGACUGUGAGACUUACAAUUUCUUAAAGCAUUAUCUAUUGUAAUAUUUUUAAUAUUGCUAUUUUCAUCUGUUGUAAUUGUUUCAAUAUUCUCGUCUCAUGUGUAAUAAA